AAAUUAUUUUUUUAAUGCACUUUUACAUAAUAAAUUUUAAUUAAUAUAAAGAACGCAUUCAUGUUUAGUGGUGGCUAGAGAUAUUGGUAUACUCAAAAGUAAUGUUUCCUAUCGUAAUUACACGUUGUAAGUUAUAUAAAUCAUGAUUGUUGUAGCAGAAAUGAGAAUUUAAACUUCCUGAGACUUAUAUUGUACUGGCGAUUUCAAAAAGGUGUAGGUGGUAAUUAGCUUAACAACGGACAUGCGUGAGUGAUUUAUCUCCUGUAAUAGCUAAUAUAGAAGUCGCUCACGAGUGCUGUUUAGCUAUAUACAUCGACGUGAGAGGAGAUAAACACAAAUAUUGAUUGUUUUUGUAGAUCAAUAAAUAUGUUACAUCUGAAAAAGCUCUUUUUCCUUGUGGUUGGAGCAACGUUUUUACACGCUCUUGAAGCGAAGAUUGAUUGUUCGUUGGUGAGAUGUGCUCGACCAGUUGGUUGCAAAGGAGGUACUGCCACAUCACCUGGUGGAUGCUGCGAUAUCUGCCUUAAACAAAAAGGAGAAGCCUGUGGCCGUUUAUCAAACGUUCAUGGUAUAUGUGACAAGGGACUAUACUGUAAAACCAGUGUUUAUACUUCUGUAGGAGUAUGUGCUUGUCCACUGUUCAAAUGUGCAGCCUGUCCAAAUGGUCAUGUAAUAGGACCAAACGGAUGUCAAACAUGCAUCUGUAAGCCCAAAGCAUGUGGCAUAUCUUCUUGCUCGUUAAUCAAGUGUGCAUAUGGCGUAAUCUCAUACAUUGAUAAAAACGGUUGUAAGCAAUGGCGUUGUAAAGCCUACGGUAUCUCUUCCUGCUUGUUCAUUAAAUGUGCACAUGGUUCGAUUUCAUAUGUUGAUAAGAAUGGGUGUAAGCAAUGCAAAUGUCGAGCUUGUCCUCCUGUCUGUAAAAAGCUGUGCUUAUAUGGAAAUGUCGUGGACAAGUAUGGUUGCAAAUUGUGCCAAUGCAAUCCUAAACCCUGUGGUAUAUCAUCCUGUUUAUUCAUUAAAUGUACACAUGGUUCGAUUCCAUACAUAGACAAAAAUGGGUGUAAGCAAUGCAACUGUCGAGUUUGUCCUCCAGUCUGUAAAAAGCUAUGCUUGUAUGGGAAUGUCGUGGACAAAUAUGGUUGCAAAUUGUGCCAAUGCAAACCCAAACCCUGUGGUAUCUCCUCCUGUUUAUUCAUUAAAUGCGCGCAUGGCUCGAUUCCAUACUAUGAUCAGAAUGGCUGCAGGCAAUGCAAAUGUCGAAUUUGUCCUCCCGUUUGCGAAAAGCUAUGCUUAUAUGGAAAUGUCGUGGACAAAUAUGGUUGUAAAUUGUGCCAAUGCCAACCUAAACCCGCCGGGACCUGUCCCCUUUUUCCAGCCCCUCCCCCAGACAAAUCAUUGAAAUUAUGCGGUUUGGAUAUACCUUGCCCAGCAGACGAAUGCAAUUCUAAUCAAGAUUGUACACCACCCAAGUUGUGUUGCGUAUCAGGUGGAGUGCAAGGUAGUCCAAGAAAAUGUCUUAAUCCUAUUCCAUUACCAAUUGGGAAAUGAUGUUUCAACUGACAAUGUACGCCAAUUUAGAGCGUUAACGAAAAUUCAUUCUUUUAUUAGUAAAAUGGCAAAUAUAUACGUAACUAGCAUUACCCAUGUAUCUUUUAUAUUUCACUUUACAUUGUAUGUAUAACAUCUAAUAAAGGUUUUGCAUCUGUCUCAA